ACACACACACACACACACACACACACACACACACACACACACACACACACACACACACACACACACACACACAUUACUUCAGUUUCAGCUCUGACAGGUUCUAUCAUGUCUGUCUUUGUGAUACUGGGAGUACUGGUCUGUAUGGAGGCAGCAGGAUCCACUGAUGUGAAGACUUUGUUUGUUCAGACGGGAAAGGACGUCCUUCUGGAAAUCAUGGAUCCUGAUGCUGUGAAGGAUUAUAUUUUACUUGCAUGGAGAGUGAAGAAGAAGGACAAUGAUCCUGAGUAUUUGGUAUCAUUUUCACCUGUUGACGGACCAGACGUCCCUGAAAACUACAGUAAGACUGUGUUUCCUCAGGCUAAUUUUUCUGUGAUACUGAAGAAUGUUCAGAAGGCAGACCGUGGACUGUACGAUGCACAGCUGACCACAAGGAGUGGACAAAGAAUACUGGUUACAUACAACAUCACAGUUCUAGAUCCUGUGUCUCCAGUUAAACUGACAGUGGAGCCUGUGUCCUCCAGUCCAGACUCCUGUAACGUCACUGUGAGCUGCACCACAGACGACUACACCAUCAGCAGCACUUUGACCUGCACCCACCAAACCUGCACCAACCAAGGACACAACUCAGAGAUCACACCAUCUGCUGCCUCUCUUCAUAUCUACCUGUCAGACGACUCAAUCACCUGUAACCAUAGCAACCAAGUCAACUGGACCACAGCUUUGGCACCUAUUAACCUAUUUUGCUUUAACAAUCCAGUGGUUGCAGGUCCACAGUGCGUCUGUGCUGAUGUCACCAUACUUCGGGUGAAGAUCGCCGUGUUCUCAGUGGGUCUGGUCGUCAUGGUGUCUGCCGUCAUCAGUGUCCAUUUCAUGAAGACGCCCAAAAAACGUGAACAGCCGCCCACCUCUCAGGGAAAGUAAUCUUUAGCAUGCAUAGCCUUUAACAAUGUUAAGUUACAUUUUCUGUCAAAUAGUAAAAUAAGAAGUGUAAGAUAAAGAACAGACGUCUAUUCAUCAUCUGACCUUCUGGCUGCAUGUUUUCUGAAAUGCUUACCAAUCAGUUCUUUAUUUGAAUAUGUUCUGAACUUUAUUUGAGCGUCAGGUACCAGACGUCCUACUUGUGUUUGUACCCACUAUGGCUGGUCUCUACUUCUGUUUCUUAUUAAUGACUUUCUUUUUAAUCAUACAUGACUGCACACAGCCGCCUCUACUGCAGGAUCUAAAGAUGGCUUGUAUGUUUGUUUAUUGUACAUUCUCCUAGAGCUACCUGAGCCCAGUGUGACUGGUCCUUCUGCAGAAUAAAAAACUACUAAGACA